AUGGAAGCAAGAAUGGAGGCUGUAGAGGCAUUCGUACAAAUGAGAAUGCAAAGAGGAUUUCCACAGGGACAACCCCAUCACCCUAAUAAUGAUCAGGAGGAUAAAAUGUUGAGGAUAGACAUGAAGGAAUUUGAUGGACAGUCCAGCAAUCCUGAGGAUUAUAUAGAAUGGGAAGCAAGUAUGGAAAGAUACUUUGAAUAUAGAGGAACUACACCUGAAGGACAAUACAAAGUGGCAAAAAUGAAACUCACUAAACUUGCUGCUAUGUGGUUGGAAGGAAUACAAAGGCAGAGGGCAAGGGAACAUAGGGAAAGAAUUGAUACUUGGGAUAAAUUGAAAAAGCACUUGAACAGGAAGUAUGUUCCCAUCAAUUUCAAGCAUCAAAUGUACAUUAAGUGGAGCACUCUUAGUCAAAAGGGCAGAAUUGUGACUGAAUACAUACAUGAAUGGGAAAAGUUGGUGGUGAUGUGUGAUAUAGAGGAUGCAGAGGACUUGAAACUGACUAAGUUUUUAUCUGGGUUGAGAGAAGACAUUAGGGAUCAACUCAUGACCAUGCCUACACUAGACCUACAAACAGCUUUUAACCUAGCCCCAAUCUAUGAGCAAAACUUCAACAAGAGAAGGGUGACAGGGAACAGCUACAACAGAUCCCCUAAGGCAUACCCACCCAAACAAUCUAGACCUAUAUCACCCAAGGCACAGAGAAAAACAGAGCAAAACCUCAAUGCCCCUGACAGAAUACCUAUACCCUUGAACAAGGUGGUUUGCUUUAAAUGCCAUGGACAUGGACAUUAUAAAAAGGAUUGCCCCAACAUCAGAGUUUUCACUGCUCAGGAAUGGAGGGAAAUCAAGGAGGAUACCCAACCCAAGAUGACGUUAGUAGUAAGAAAUGGUAGGGUGGAGGAGGAUUGGCCUCCAGUGGCUGAGCAUGAGCCAGAUGGAUCUUACAGAGUUGAUGAAUUUGGCAAAACAGUAAGGUAUGAACAUAGUACUGAUGAAGAAGAGGUUGAGGAAGGAUUGGAGAAGGUUUUACCUGAGGAAGGCUACUACAACCUGAUUAUAAGGAGAAGCCUACACACUACUUAUGCUGAAGAAGAAAACAACCAGAGGGAAAAUAUCUUUCAAACAAAGUGUAAGGUAAAAGACCAAGUCUGUGACAUGAUUAUUGAUGGAGGAAGUGAAUCAAACUGUGUUAGCUUGGCUUUAGUAACAGAUCUGAACUUGAAAACUAGACCUCAUGCACACCCAUACAAACUGAAAUGGCUGGACAACAAUGCUACUGGUACAGUGAAUAAGCAAUGCUUAAUAGGGUUUACUAUUGGAUCAUAUAAGGAUCAAGUGCUGUGUGAUGUGCUAGAUAUGAAUGCUUGCCAUGUACUAUUGGGUAGACCAUGGCAGUAUGACAAGAGGAGCAUGCACAAUGGGUUUACAAACACCUAUAUCAUAAAGCAUGAAGGAAAGCUCAAGGAGUUAGUUCCCCUGCCUCCCCACAGAACUGUUCCCCCUCCUGUGAGGGAACCCGUACAUUUGAUCAGCAGGAAAGUUUGUGAAAAGGAAAUCAAGAACAAGAAUGAGGUAUAUGUCUUAGUCACUAAGGAAGUAGAGCAAGCAGCUGAAAUACCUCAAGCAGUGAAACCCCUGUUACAGCAGUUCAAGGAUGUGUUCCCUGAUGAGUUGCCUGAAGGUUUGCCUCCUGUAAGGGGAAUUGAACACCAGAUUGAUCUUAUACCAGGAGCCCCUUUACCCAAUAAACCAGCCUACAGAGCCAAUCCCACAGAAACCAGAGAGCUACAGAGGCAGGUUGAGGAGUUACUACGCAGGGGAUAUGUAAGGGAGAGCCUCAGUCCAUGUGCAGUGCCCACUCUGCUUGUACCAAAAAAAGAUGGGACUUGGAGAAUGUGCAUAGAUAGCAGGAGUGUUAACAACAUAACCAUCAAAUAUAGGUUUCCCAUACCUAGGAUAGAUGAUAUGUUGGAUGAGCUAGCAGGUGCCCAUUGGUUCAGCAAGGUUGACUUAAGGAGUGGCUACCAUCAGAUCAGAAUGAAAGAAGGAGAUGAGUGGAAAACUGCCUUCAAAACAAAGUAUGGCUUGUAUGAAUGGCUUGUCAUGCCAUUUGGUCUAACAGGAGCCCCCAGCACCUUUAUGAGAUUGAUGAAUGAGGUGUUGAGACCCUUUUUGGGAAAAUUCAUAGUAGUCUAUCUUGAUGACAUCUUGAUAUACAGCAAAGGAUUGAAGGAACAUCUUGGUCAUUUGCAGCAACUGUUUGAAACUUUGAGGAAGCAAAAAUUAUAUGGGAAAUUGGAAAAAUGCAGUUUCCUUAUGAAGGAAGUGGGAUUUUUGGGAUUCAUUAUAGGUAAAGAUGGGGUGAAGGUUGAUCCAUCCAAGGUAGAGGCUGUGAAGAAUUGGUCUGUGCCUACUUCUGUUACCCAAGUGAGAUCUUUCCAUGGCCUUGCUUCUUUUUAUAGGAGGUUCAUUAAAAACUUUAGUACCAUUAUAGCCCCCAUAACAGAAUGUACUAAAAAAGGAGUAUUUAGUUGGACCCAGGAAGCAUAG